AUGGCGAAAUCAUCGCGUCGGAAGACGCCCGCCUCAACGCCAGGCUCAUCGGGCGCAUCGACUCCAAGCUCCACGUCCGCUGGACCUAUUCCACCUUUCACCAAAAUCCCUACGAUCCUAAAACCCUUUGUUGAAAAGCUCUCUCCCGACGAAGUGUACCUGGUACAUAUCGAUACAACUGCGACGGACUUGAAAUGGCAGACAUUCCUGGUGCCGUCCGUGGUGAACACCGUGGUGGCUGCAGUGAUAGCCUUGCGAGUUUACUGGGGGAUUAGCACCUACCCAGCUCUUAUAGCUAUCUUCAUCGGAAUGGAUAGCUCCCUGAGCUUUGACACUUCUACAUCUUCUUGGUUCGAGAUCGCACAGGCCAUUCUUCGGCGGACAGGCACGAUCUUGAUAGACUACUUCCUCGUGACACUGUUCCUGUCCUGGCCAUACGACUUCGUCAUGGGCCCCGUGCGCUGGCGCCGUGCAGUCGGGUUCCGAGAUCGUGAAAUCAUUGUUCGCAGAAGUAGCCGCAGCUGGAGCCAAAAGCUGGAGCGCAACAAGUGGAUUCGCCAUGAUGAGGCCAUGCGUGACAAGAUUGUCGCCGCAGUUACCCCGGAGCGCAUUGGAAAGACCGGCUACCUGCUUAUUGACGAGGACUGGGUCCUGGAUUAUGAAGCUAUGAUCUGUGGCCACUCGCUAGUCGACCUGACCCGCAAGGGCAAUGGCGUUCAGCUCGACGAGUUCCGCACGGCUGUGCUGGUUUACACAGACACAGAUGGUUGGCUGGUCUGGCGCGUUGCGGAUGAGAAUACCCCCGCUGGUCGUGAGCGCAAUGUACACCGAGACCAAGUCCUGACCUUUAAAGAGAAACUGGCUGCUCUGGGUAAGGAGGAUCUCUUCUACCGCUGGGUGGAGCUGGUUCAAUGGGAAAGCUCCCAGCCUGGCGGUUUCACUCCCGAGAGGCAACAAUCUGCGAUGGUCCAGGUCCAACAGAUGUUUGAGCAGGAGAAUGUGAGCUUUAGUGACUUCUGGGACGAUCUUGGUGGUAUGGAAGGUCUCGAAAUGCCGCAACAAUAA